AUGACGCUUCCUGCAAAUGACGCCUUCUCGUUAGGCCUCGCGCACAACCAGCCCCGUCGCUCGAGCUCGCGCGUCCGCACUCCAUCACUCCCACGUCGCUCCUCUUCCCCAAAAAUAUCUUUUUCUCCACCUUCCACGUCAAGCAGCAUCGUCUUCUCGUCACAGCCAGCAAAUGGAAUGCCUGCGAAGAGGGGACAUAAGCGCAAGGCAUCUGCAAGAAACGGUUCCCAACAGCUGAAACACAACGGAGAGGCGACGAUAGAGGAACUCAUAGAGGAGGUCGACGCGCGGAUAGCACGCGAGCGCAAGCUGUCCCCCGACAGCUCACCUGAUAAGCACAACACUGUGAAAAAACAGAUUGAUUGGGAGAUUCCUCGCAAGGCGUUGCAUUCAUCGAUUGGCAUGUAUAUCCUUGACUCCCCUGAAGGUUGUUGGUCUGACGAGCGGUCUUUGGCAGGUUUCUUUACGAUUUACCUAUACACCUCCAAAGGCAACCCACAGACGGUUGUUAUUGCCUUGAGCUCUGCCCUUGCUGUUCUUGUUCCAAUAGAUAUUCUCCGCCUGAAGUACCCCCUCUUCGAACGUGCCUUUGAAAAAUGUGUCGGCAUCUUUAUGCGCGAUAGUGAAAAGAAAUCAUCCAAUGGUGUUAUAUGGUAUAUUCUCGGCGUCAAUACUGCACUAAUCGCGUUGCCUCUCGACAUCGCAGUCGUCUCAAUUCUUAUCCUUUCUUGGGCUGACACAGCCGCAUCCACUUUCGGUCGCCUCUGGGGCCCACUCACGCCCCCGCUCCCUGCACGACUCCUUGGUCUCCCUCUUGCCCCUCGUAAAAGUCUGGCGGGCUUCAUUGCAGCCUCACUCACAGGCGCUGCCGCCGCUGCCGGAUUCUGGACGUACCUUGGCCCGAUGAGAGACAACUGGACGUGGUCCUGGGACGCUGGUGUAUCGAGUAUGUUUAGCGGUGGGAGCGCCGAAGGUGGGAAGGUCUUCAGUGGGUGGGCAGGUCUUGCUGUUGUGACUGUGUGCGCGGGUUUAUUUUCGGGCGUUGCUGAAGCACUCGAUUUGGGUUCCGUGGACGAUAACCUCAGUCUACCAAUUAUCGCUGGUGGAUGCCUAUGGGGACUCUUCAAAGUCCUUGGCUGGCUAGGCGACGUAUUCUUAUGA